AGCUGCAGUUUUUUGGCCUACAAAUGGGGCGGAGCGCAGUGUGGGAUGGAUGACUUUGAGCGAGCCAUUCGAGUGAUAUUCACCCAGGACCCGUCUAUCGGAGCGGCCGUGCGGGAACAGGCCAAUGCCUACUGCGACGGCAUCAAGGCGCGGCCUGAUGGCUGGAGGAUCUGCUGGGACCGCUUCUCCCAAACAGACGCGCUUGAGGUGAAGUUCUGGUGUGCGCAGGUGAUCCUUCAAGCCAUGGGCUCUAUGGCGCCCGAGGCGCGCCUGGAGCUGCGGACCAAGGUGCUGGGCUGGCUCGGGGAAGUUGUCCCCAACACGCAGCAGGAGGUGGUGGUGAAGAACAAGGUCGCCCUGAUCUAUGUCGGCUUGGCAAGACUUGACUAUCCCGCAAGCUGGGCAACAGCUUGGCAGGACCUGAUGGGUCUCAUGGACAAGGGGCUUCCGCUCGUCGACUUCUUUCUCAGAGUCCUUGCGAUCUUUGACCAGGAGGUCAUAAGUGAUGAGGUUCAGCGAAGUCAGGAGGACCGGCAAAGAAGUCACCAAAUCAAGCACGCCAUGCGCGAGCGUGACGUGGUGGCAUUGGUGGAAUGCUGGUAUCGGAUCCUGACUACGCUGCGAACUUCUGCUCCGCAGAUGGUGAGCGAUUGCUUGAGGGUAGCAUCUCUCUACAUCGUUUGGAUCGAGAUCCUCACCGUGGCGAACGAUAAGUUUCUCAGCGCGGUCUGCAGCAUCAUUGCGGAGGCUUCAGCCAGUGCCAGCGAGGCGUGCGAGUGCCUGGCGGCCAUCAUUAGCAAGAAGAUGCCGGCGGGCAAGAAGAUGAUGAUGCUCAGCGAGCUGCGUGUGUGUGCCCGUCUCGAAGCUUGCGUGCAGAAGGGGGGCACGAGCCAGCAGCUUCUCAAGGAGGCGGAGAUGCUCAACUCCAUUGCGGAGGCGGUGUUGGAGGCCUAUGUGGAUCUCCGCGUCCAAGAUGCGCAGAGCGCCAGCGCGGCACAGGUUGCCUGGGACUCCAUCAGUGCCUUGAUGCCACUCAUCUUCUGGUUCUUUGUGCAUCAAGAGCAUCAGAUCGCGGUUUGCCUUGAGCCAUUCCUCACUGAGUUCUUUGUCAAGGUGAAGAGCUUUGUGAAGGGUGCGGAGCGUCAGGAGAUGGAAACGGCUCCCUGCCACUCGGUGUCUUUGGAGCAGGUGAGACCCAUCCUGAUGCAAACUCUGCAGCUCAUCAUCCAGAGGACCGCAUACCCAGCCUGGUUUCAGCACCAUGAUCCGAAUAUUGAGGAUGAUGAGCAACACGCGCUGUUCAUCCGCUUCCGAAAAAGCUUGGCAAAGAUCUACAAGCGAAUAUUCUUGGUCGACGAGCAGCUCGGCUUGCAAUUUGUGCAAGCCUCCACUGCUCAGCUGACCCAGAAUUUGGCGGGCGUUCAGCCCAUGGAAGUGGAUGCAGUCCUCUACCUGUUCAAGGAGACGGGGGAGAUCGUCAAGCAGCUUGACCAGCACUUGCAGGCCAAAGGUCCGCUCGCCAGUGCUUUCGUGCAGCUUGUCGAGUGCGAGGCGCUGGUCAACGCAGAUCAUUGGGCGGUCCAGCUCGCACUAAUGGAGGUGUAUGUCCGUUAUGGAAGACUCCUGGCGCUUCACCCAGACCUAUUCCCGAGGUAUGGGCAAAGGGUGCUGCAAGCCUUCGUGAGUCGAGGCAUCCGUUCUAGCAAUGCUCACGUCGUAAGCCGUGCUUGCUUCAUGUUCGGCCGCUUUAUGAAGCUGGUCAAAGCACAAGCUGCACCUUUGGUGGCACAGAUCCAGGAAGCUUUGCAGGAUCUCCUUGUUGUACAGUAUGUUCCGUCGGCACUCGUUCCUGUACAGGCUGAAGUGUCGCUGACGAAAGUUGCCAUCAAGGGCUCCUUGAAAGCCGAUGAUCAGGCCUACCUCUUUGAAGCUCUUGCCAAUUUGGCAACUGCCUCGAAGCCCGAAGAGCUGCGGCCAAAGCUGGAGAUGCUGCUGAAGGGCCCCGCUCAGAACCUCACGGAAAUCCUGGGCAACCGAGCGCCCGGCAACGACGUGGCAGGCUGCGCCGGCUGGGCCGGAAGAAACAUUGAGGCCAUUGCCACGGUGAGCAAGCCCUUCACCGUCCAGCAUGCAAGCACUGCCCCAGCUUGGGAGGAGGUGCUGGUGGUCGUGGCACGUAUCUUGGAGAAGUUCGUGAACCAGAUGAGCCGCGAGAUCGGCCUCUGGCGAGCUGCACUCUUCCUGUGCAGAAGAAUGGUGGAGGUGCUUGGCGACCGGUUUCUGGAGAUCUUAGACACCUACCUCCCCUUCUUGUAUGCCACGAAUGACCAGGAAGGUCCCAGCGGAGAACGCGCCGAGGAUUUGGCGGAGCUCACGGUUUUUGCGCACCAGCUGGUGUGCCAGUAUCAGCAAAAGACCGGGCCGUAUCUACAAAAGUGGCUUCCCCAGAUCUUUCUGCGGCCCUUCGUAGUGUGGCAGCAGCUCCCCGAGCAGUCGGAGCAGCUGAAGCGCGAGAAGCUGGAGCUGAGCAGCGCUCUGCUGCAGCUGCUGAAGGAGGCGGCCUUGCGGUGCCCCGGGGCCAUCCUGGAGCCGAUGCUCGGCAACACCAGGCAUGGCCAGGAGAUCAUCGGGUUCUUGCUGGUUGGCUUGCAAGACGCUCGAGAGCUCAAGCCCUUGCAGUAUGCCGCGAACGCAUGGGCUGCCUUACUCGCGGCGAUGAGCGCAGAGUCCGCUGCGGCGAUCACUGCUUUUCCCAUGGCACAGCUGCUGCAACGCUUGCUCUGGUCGGUGGUGCGCAUGGACUACAGCGAUUUUCAGUCGCAGAAGGUCCUGAAUGAGGCCUCCUCCAUCCUGCACUCCGUGAUGAAUCGAACGCAGCCGCAGGAUGGCGGCGGCAUGAGAAGUCCACUUGCAACAGACGAAGGAAACCUUCCAGCAAGCCCUGGUGAGCGCUUUGCCGGGGCUGCGCAGCGAGGCAGCGCCCCGCAGGCUUUGCGAGGUGCUCUCCCAAGACUGCUCUGUCAAGGACGUGCGCACAGCCCUUCAGCAGUGCGCGCUGGAUUGGCGCCGUGAGUGCGGGUAGACGGCAGAGUCAGGCGAGUUCGUUUUGCCGUGGUUUGAGCCA